CCCCACACACGUUGUCUGUCAGACAGAACAGGACGGGCAGCCUGGCGCUAUGAGGACAGACUCAGCGGACGCUCGGUAUCUGUAGUCUCUGUAGUGUCAGAUCAGAAAGGAGAGUCGCCAUUCGCAAGUUUAAUGUGCGGCCCGACAUGCCACCUCAUAUGGAUUACUUUUACCACGAGUCCCGCGUCCCUUCCGCUUGCGGGCUGACCCGGGAGGACGAGCUGGAGCCUGAUGUGAUCAGCUGUAUGCUGGUGGGUGAUGGAGCCGUCGGAAAGACCAGCAUGAUUGUCAGCUACACCUCCAAUGGAUACCCGGCAGAAUACCAGCAGACUGGCUUUGACGUCUUCUCCGGUCAAGUCCAAGUAGAAGGAUCUCCAGUCAAAGUUCAGCUUCUGGACACUGCUGGACAGGAGGAGUUUGAUGAGUUCAGAGCCCUGUCCUAUGCCCACACGGACGUCUUUCUCCUGUGCUUCAGCAUGGUCAACCCCACCUCAUUUCACAACAUCACCAAGAAGUGGGUUUCAGAGAUCCGGGCUCACAACCCAUCCUCACCCAUAGUCCUUGUUGGGACUCAGUCGGACCUCUUACUGGACGUAAAUGUCCUCAUCAACCUGGACCGAUUGAAUGUGAAGCCUGUUCUGAGCUCUCGGGCUCGUAGCAUGGCUGAGAAGAUCAGGGCUACGGACUACAUAGAGUGUUCGUCACUCACGCAAAAGAACCUGAAGGAGGCGUUCGAUGCUGCCAUCUUGGCCGCCAUUAAGAACAAAACCCGCAAGACCAAGAAGAGGAGGUUUUCUGACAGGCGCACCAAAGCUUUCUCCAGGUGUAGCUGGAAAAAGUUUUUCUGCUUCAUCUGAACUCAUGAACUAACUGUUAACCCUGUGGGUCAUGGAUAGAACUCUUAAUUUAUUAAAUCCUUUACUUUCGCUAGAUGUCACAGCUCUGAUCUUUCUCAGUUCAGCAUCCUUCCCUGUUAAGUAUUUGGCUUAUUUUACUCUGGGAUGCCAAAUGGUGCAAUGGAAACAAGACAUGAGCACGCUGAGCAUUGGGACCUAACAUCUGCAGAGAGCAUUCAGGGUCAUUCAGUGGACACAUUCCAGACAGCAGUGUUGUUUUCAUUAUAUUGAAAUCUUUGAUUGUUCCAGGGGAUUCAUAAAACAUAUCUCACGUGUUAAAAACAAGGUGUGUGUAUGCUUUCAUGUGUAUGCAUGACUGGUUGGCCACUUGAUAGAAAAGGGGAAGUGAAUAAAAACUUUCAAGGAGGCAAACAUAUCGAGUUAACUUGAUAAGCAUGCAGCCACAGAGAGAAAAGAGAGGCCAUCAUGUAAAUGUUGUGAAUUUGCAUGGUGUGCUUUGCUGCCAGCUGCAGCCUUUAAUGUAGGUGAGAGAGAAACAGAAAGUGUCUGGGCAGAUGGGCGUUAGCCACUUCACUGUCGUGCUCUCUCUGUAUGGCUGCAGCAGCUUAUUUAUAUGCGGCAGCUGCAAGUUCAGGUUGCAGAGUGAGGUGCUACAUUCUUACCUGUGUGUGAAAGCUCCCCUGGCUGGUUUGGCUUGAUAUUUUCUCUCCUUUGAGUUAUUCACCAGACAAUUAUAUCACUCCUUACACUUCCGUUUAUUGGAAAUUGUAUCAAACACCUGUGAACAUGUAACACAACAGGAUUAUUUGUUUGUUACAAAUCACAAUCAUGCGUAUUUUGUCUGUCUUAAUUCUCAGAUUGAUGCAGGAACUUGUUUAAAAAUCCUCUUGUCUGAGGUGAAAGGCUGCAUGGGAGCGGUAACCAGUGGUAGUCUUUGGCUUUUUGUCUUUGUCUCCCAUCAAUCUGCAUUUGUGAAAGCAAGCACUGCAGGAGUCUUAACUUCCACCCUGCAGAUCCUUCCACCACCAACAACAACCUGGCUUUUUUUAUUCACCUCUCUUUGUUUAUAUGCUCAACACACUCCUUAUCUCCUCAGUAGCCCACUGUGUACAGUACAGAGUUAGAGGAUACUAUUGAAUGUGUAAAUUGAGUGUAAAUUAAUACACAGUUUUUUUUUAAAGAAAAGGUCUUGUGUCUGUGAUUUAUGUGCACAAGAAAGACAUAUUUUGCUCUCUGUUGUGACAGUAUGUGGUGGAUAUGCAAGUGAGCAGAGCCAGGGCUAAAGCUUUACUAUGCUUCUUGUGGAAGUCAGCUUAAUGUAUAUAUUAUUCUGUUUGUUGAAACAGGUCAUUUGUCAUGUUUAGAUAUAUUUUAGAUGUACUAAUGUACUUCACAGACAUUUUGUAUCACCGUCAUUAAUGCCAAUUUACCUUCUCCUUCUCUAACCUGUGUGUCUUUUUUACAUGUCGGAGUGAUGCAAAUAAAUUAAGUGCAAAUGA